AUGCCAUCCUCUCGGCCGUCGAGGAAUUGUGGCAAGUGCCGGGCUAUCAAGCGAAGGGUGAGUUUUGUGCCUGCUCUUCCCUCUUAUGUUCAAGGUCUCUCUUCUUCGCCGGAAAAAAGAAAGGAAAAGGACGAGUCCAAUGCUAAUCGUGAUCUGGAUAGUGUGACCAGCAGUAUCCUCAUUGUGGCCAGUGUAUUCGUGCACACGACCAAUGCCCUGGGUACCGAGAUGAAUGGGAACUGCCCCUUCGACCUCUACUGCCCUUGUGCCCAGGACGCCCCCGCGGACGCCCCCUGGUACCCCGCCUGGUACCCCCCUGGCUUGCCUCCUACCCACAGCCUGUGCCCCAGUGUGGAUGAGAUAGGCGUCAACUAUUUCCUCUACCAUUUGGUUAUCGGUGGCACGUCCCCGUCGCUUGGAUAUCUCAACUGUGUGCCGGCGAUUUAUAGUACCGAUGGCGAGCAACCAACCCUCAUGGCCAGCAUGGCAGCUGUCGGACUUGAGUCGUUAGCCAACGCUCAACAUCCGGAGCUCGCGACGGUCGCGCGCGCAAAAUACUGGGAAGCGAUCGAUAAUGUGAACAUGGCCUUGGCGUCGCCGACCGAGGCUCAUAAGGAUAGCACCUUGAUGGCGCUGAUCGCGCUGGGCUUAUUCGAACAUGUGUCGGAUUUUGAGAUAUGGUAUCGACAUAUCCAGGGAGCUGCCACCCUGGUGGUUUCCCCGGGGCAAAAGCCAAUUCUCUCGCUCGGCGGCCAUUUUCAUGUUUAA